CAUAACCUAAAAUUUGACAGGCAUUUGUUAUUGAUCAGGUAUUGCGACCUUUUACAUUUUAGAAAUAUGGCAAAUAUAAAAAACGAACAGGACACAGAAAUAGAGAACGUGCGAGUAUUCAUUAGAGUACGUCCAUUGAACAAAAAAGAACUAACUGAGGGUAAUCAGAAUAUAGUAUUAUUGGAUCCAAAGGAAAAUCUAAUUGUAUUAAAAAAGAAUGAAGACUCAACAAAACCAUUUAAAUUUGACUACAUUUUUAAUGAAAACGCCGCACAAUUGGACCUGUAUCGUCUUAUUGCUUAUCCCAUUGUUGAAAAAGCUCUACAAGGGUACAAUGGAACAAUUUUUGCCUAUGGCCAAACUGGUACAGGCAAAACAUAUACAAUGGGAGGUAAUCACUUGAAACCUGAAUUGAAAGGAAUAAUUCCGAAUACGUUUUCGCAUGUGUUUAGUCAAAUCUCUAGAGCAAGUGGAGAGAAGUCUUUUGUAGUCACUGUUACUUAUUUAGAAAUUUAUAAUGAAGAAGUCAGAGAUCUUUUGUCUAAUGAUCCCAAUAAAAAAUUAGCUAUAAGAGAAAGACCUGAUGUUGGAGUCUAUGUAAAAGAUCUGAUGGGAUUUACAGUUGAUUCAAUAGAGUCAAUAACUGAAUUGUUAAAUAGAGGUAAUAAGAAUAGGAUGACAAGAUCAACUCUAAUGAAUGAUGUUAGUUCACGAUCACAUGCCAUUUUCACCAUAAGUAUUGAGUCUAAAAAUAGGCUGGAUAAUAAAACCACUAUUGGAAAACUGAAUUUAGUAGAUUUGGCGGGUUCUGAAAGAGCCAGCAGGACUCAAGCAACGGGUGAAAGAUUAAGAGAAGCGAGUAAUAUUAAUUUAUCACUCUCAGUAUUAGGAAACGUAAUUUCAGCUUUAGUCGAUGGAAAAUCUAGUCAUAUUCCGUACCGAAACUCAAAACUUACUAGAUUGCUGCAGGAUUCUCUAGGAGGAAAUUCUAAAACUGCCAUGAUUGCGAUGUUAAGCCCAGCGGAUGUUGAUUAUGAAGAAAGCAUUUGUACUCUACGUUAUGCCGCUAGAGUGAAGCAUAUUCAGAAUCAUGCUAGGAUUAAUGUGGAGCAGAAAGGCCUCAUUGAAGGAUUUGAGCAGGAAAUUGCUGAACUUCAACAAAAAGUUUUGUUACUUUCUCUGCAGGAGCAGCAAAGGGAAGUUAAACAGAAAAAGAAAGAAAAAGAGAAGACCACUUCAGAAGCCAAACAACAAGAGAUUAAAAAAUGUGAAGAAGAAUUGCAGAAAACUGAGAAAGAAAAGAAUGACUUAAUUUCAAAAAUAUCUAUGAUUCAGAAAAAGAUUUUAGUCGGUGGUGAGAAUUUAUUUGAGAAAGCUCAGCAACAAGAAUUUUUGCUGGAAUCGUCUGGUGCUGAAUUGGAAAACUUGGAUAAACACCAUAAGGAACUGGAGGAGGCGUUAAAUAAAAAAGCUGCUGAAAAAAUUGAUGUGGAGGAAAAGUAUUCUUCAUUACAGGAGGAGGAUUUGGCAUUAAAUAAAAAGAUUAAAAAGGUGCAGGCAUUAUUGAAUGAUGUUAAAGAAGAAUAUGCUGAUAAAAAUCAUGAGUACCAAAGAGAGAUGGAGGCCUUAUAUGACAAUAAUCGACUAUUGGUUAAAGAAACACAACUUGCUAAUCUUAUGAUUGAAAAUUACAUCCCUAAAGAUUACAUGAAAAAGAUAGAAUGCAAUCUGAUUUGGAAUAAUGAAACUCAAGAAUAUCAAAUGCGAGGUGUCGCCUACACAGGAAACAACAUGAAAAAACGUAUGACAGGUAAUAUAGAAAUAUCAGCACCUGUAAAAUUUGAAAUGAAAAAUGUAUACCACAAAUAUCCAGAUAAAAAGAAAGAAAGAAAGUUAGUUUAUGACAAGAAGAUAUUUUCAGCUACAAAAAGUCGUAAAGAUACUAAAUAAUUUUAUGCUUGUUAGAGAAUUGGGGAUAAUUUAAAUUUAAUAUGCUUUAUUUUAUUUGUGGCUAUUAAUUAUAUAUUUUUUGUUUAUUUUAAUUUCUAGAU